ACAAAAUAUAUGUGAAAAUGGAAACUUCAUCUUUGCUAUCAUCCUUACAUGAUGAAUGCAGAUCAGACAACUAUAUUGAACCUCAUUACAAGGAAUGGUACCGAGUAGCUAUUGAUGCUCUAAUUGAAGGAGGUUUAGAAGCCUACAAAGAAUUUCUUUCCAAAGAGAGAUGCUCAGAAUUCCUAGCCGAUGAGGAAAUUGAUUAUAUUUUGAACAACAUUCACAAACUUCCCCAAAACACAAUUUAUUCCUCUAACAAUGCCAUUGAUGACACCUCUUCCUCAGGAACAUACUGGCCUAUUGAAUCAGAUGUGGAAGCUCCAAAUCUUGACUUAGGUUGGCCCUACCUGAUGCCUGGAAUUUCUGGUGGCACAAAUAUUGAUCUGCUUUUUCAUCCACCACGAGCACAGCCUUACACCAUAAAGGAAACUAUUCGGAAGAUGAUACGAGAUGCAAGAAAGGUCAUUGCCAUCGUUAUGGAUAUGUUUACAGAUGUGGAUAUCUUUAGAGAAAUUGUGGAGGCAUCUGCUAGAGGGACUGCAGUGUAUCUCCUGCUUGAUGAGUCAAACUUCAGUCACUUUCUGAAAAUGACGGAGAAACAAGGCUGUCAAGUUCAGAGGCUCAGGAACAUGAGGGUACGGACAGUAAAAGGACAAGAUUACUAUUCUAAAACAGGAGCAAAAUUCCAUGGAAAAAUGGAACAAAAAUUUAUUCUUGUUGACUGUAAGAAAGUCAUAUAUGGUUCUUACAGCUUUAUGUGGUCAUUUGAAAAAACCAACCUCAGUAUGGUUCAAGUUAUCACAGGACAGCUGGUUGAAUCCUUUGAUGAAGAGUUCAGGACACUGUACGCCCGUUCUUCUGUUCCUAGUUCAUUUGCCCCAGAAUUAGUGCGGGUAAACAGUCGCAGGACACUCUGGGAUAAUGAUACAUACCAACACUCAGUGUCUUCCUUGGCUUCAGUUUCUAGCCAAAGAAACCUUUUUGGUAGGCAAGACAAGGUUCACAAGAUAGAUCCUGUUUCUUGGAAAACUCAUGGAAGAUAUGCAGUAAAUGAAAUAGAUAAAUAUGGCUUGAGAAAUCAAGCCUAUAAUAAACAACCAUUUCAUCCAGGUUUUAAUAUGCAAAAUCCAAUCCAGCAGUAUCAACCUAGUGAAAAAAAUGAGCACUGGAAAAGACAUAGUUAUGCUGGGGAGAAGCCAGAAAGGACACCUUACCUAUUGCUCAACAGAGCUAUUAAUAGAGCCAACAAUCCAUCAAAUACUUGGAAAAUGCCAUCUGAUAGCCUUAGUAUCGUUUCUUCAUUACGAGGAGGAUAUGCAAAUAACUACAAUACACCCCAGCAAAGUUUUGCCGAUCAGUUUUCACGACCAAAGGUAAAUCUUGCAGAAAGAAACUCAAUUGUACGGAGGUCUUUUAAUGGGACAGAUAAUCAUAUCCGCCAUCUGCAGCAAAGGAUGCCAACCCUCGAACACACAACUAAAUCAUUCCUACGUAACUGGCGAAUUAAGUCAUAUUUGAAUGAUCAAUCAGAUUAUCCAGUAGAGUCUAAUGGCUCAGCCUUGGGUGACAGAUAUGAUAGCUACGACACAGCUGAAAAUAUUAAAACUCAUGCGCUGUAUUCUCAUUCUCGCUUACGAUCAUCAUUGGUGUUUCAGCCAACUUUACCUGAACAGCAGGAAGUAAGCAGCUGUGCAAGUUCUUCAAAUUCAACUAUAAUUGGGUCAGAGGGAAGUGCAACACCUAAAGGGACAUCUAAUCAUGCUCCAAGUGUGGAAAAUGGAACAGGUAAUAUUUUAGAAGAGCUUAGCACAAAUGUCCCACUUAAAUCAGAUGCACCAAAAAACCACAGAAUUCAUAUCGCAGACAACACAAAACCUAGUGCAAAUUCAAAUGCAACCGGCGACUCAUCUCUCUACUUGUACACAACACUGUGUGCAGACAAACAUGCAGAAAAUCUGAAGAACCUUCAAAAUGAAAAUAUGCUAAAAAGGAGAAGUUUUCCCAUGUUUAAUUCAAAGUCCAUAUUAGACCCUGGUGCCAACAAACAUGCAUCCAGUUAUGUUUACAGCACAUUGACUAGGCAUAGACUUAAGGAGCCAGUUAGUCCAAAACUUCCAGAAGAUACACUGAAGAGCUCUAAAAGUUUGCACAGUGUGACCAACCACUUGCCACAGGAAGAAAAGAACCUCAAAGGGGAGCUAAAGAGCCCAACUGCUAGCAAGGCGAUCUCUAUGGCUGCUCUCUCUGAAGCUAGCAAAGAGGAGUCUUGUAAGGAUUGCACAUCAAAGAAAGAAAGUAAGAAUUCCCCAAGUUUUCUAAAGAAAGGAUCCCAGAAACUGCGGUCACUUCUUAAUCUCACCCCAGACAAGAAGGAAAAUUUGUCAAAAAACAAAGGUCCUGCCUUUUACAGAAUGUGUAGUAGUUCUGACACAUUGGUUUCUGAAGAAGAGAAUCAGAAACCAAAGAUUUCUGAGAAUAAGACAGAUUCUUCCCCAAGGAGAAAGAGAAACACAUCAUCGAAUUCUCAAGGUAGCUUGAACAGAAGUAAAGAAGAUGUCACCGGGAGCCCAACAAAGUCUCCAAAGUCACCAAAACCUCAAAAACCUCCAUCUGAUGAAAGCAAUAAAAAGUGUCCUCUCUUGUGCCCCCUUGAAAGUAAGUUCAUAGAAACUGCAGGAGAUGCAUCUACCCCAAGAUUUAAUACAGAACAGAUUCAGUAUCAAGACGUAAAGGAAAUCACCACAAAUACUACUCCCGAAAGUGCCCCUCUUUCUGCUCUCCAAAGAGCAACUUCAAUGACACCACAGCUGGCAAGCUCAAAACGCCAAGAGGAGAUAAGAUGUCGUUUGAGUGAAAGGCGUGUUUAUAGCCGCUUUGAGCCAUUCUGCAAGAUGGAAAAUACUAACCAACCUGCAGGAAAUGCACCUAACAGCAGUUCACAUCUCUCAGAUAUCAAAAGCAAGACCUUAGGGAAUAAUUAUGGCAGGAGUAAUCACAUGGUCAGCUACAACUCAACUGCUUACCAUCCAUUGCAGCCUAAUGAAAAUAAACUGAGAGGAUUUAUGCAAAAGUUUGGGAACUUCCUACACAAAAACAAAUAAAACUUUUGUUGAUUAUGUUGAAAUACAGCAAGAGUAGCGAAGCUGAGCAUAAUCUUAACUGAACCAGACUGACGGGCAACUUUCGUAGAGCUUACUUGGGUUUCUUCCUGGGUCUAGGACAUUGGAAUGAAUGUACAUAUUUUUACAUUCUUAUCCUAGAAUUGUGAUACUUAAGUCUUUACAGAAAUUCUGUGUCCAGAAGAUGUCUCAAGGGAGUUGUUUAUAGUGUUUAUAUUGUAAGAUUAAUUUUAUACAUUUUCCUUGUGAAGAAAGUACGUACUAGCAUAUUGUAAGAUUAAGUGUGGAGAAAAAAAGAUGGAGGAUGUUUUUAAACUUCAAAUAAUACUGUUUCCAAAGACUUGCCCUUUAAGAGUAGGAUAGCACUAGGAAUAUUGGCUUGCAUUUUUUCAGCAUUUAUGUACACAAAUGAUAAACACAAAUGUUAAUGCAUUGCAUGUUACUUAUCUUUAAACUAAUUUUUGAAAAUGUCUUUUAGGCUUCAUCUUGUUAAUAAUUUAUCCCAUAGCAUCUAUCGAACUGUUUGGGCAGCAGAUGGAUCUAUCUUACUUUAUUGAAUUUUCCAUGUAAUAUGAUAUUUUUCUGAAGUAUUUGGCACACAGAUCUUAAAGUGACCUUAAUCUGAGCUUUCACAGACUUGUUUACAUGGAUAAACUAGUGUGAAUGUAGAAUGAACGUUAAAAAAGCUAUUUAUAAAAAAGGUGCCUUGAACGUAACUUACAACUACUUUAAAUUUCAAUGGGUUAAUUACAUUUGUAUAACAUGCCAGUAUUCUGUAAUGUAUUCUAAAAAUAGCUUUUUGUUACAUUUUUCUAUUUGGUGUUUCCAAAAAAAAAUUGUCUGUGGACUUCCUUUUCUCAGGUAAGUUUUUGAGUUUCACAUGCAACAGUCUGUUUUAAAUGUCGCCAGAUAUAUUUGCAACUUUGGCUUUAAUAACCUAUUUUUUUAAAUAACAUUGCAAGUGCUUAGACUAGGCAUAUGAGGGAGAUUGCAAGCUCAACCCUGCAAUGCUGCCUUAUGUCAGGAUGAAUAUUACAAGGCUGGGAGCAAUUGGGCAUUUAAAAAUGAAUUUCAUAAAAGUCACCACAUCAAACAAUAAGGCACCUCUCCUAAGCCAAAGAAAGUAUCAGUGAAGGGUGAUAGCAGCAAGUGUUUAACCUUAAUGAAGGUAUUUAGGCACCUAACUGCAGUCUAAGGGACACAUUUUUGUUCAUCUGAGCCUCUCAGUCGUAAAAAAUUUCCUUAUAUUAGGUGACUAUGCCAGGUUAGUGCUUACAAAAAACACAGGCAGGUUGAUGUGUUUGGGCAGCAGCAUGGCAUCUACUUCUCAUCUGCAGUGUGCAGCCAGAACAUCCAGCUGGCUCAUGCCCUUCUGGAUGUGGAGUUUGUCUCAUAGAAGAAUGCCGUAACCAUUUAUCUGCAAGAUGCUCUGUGACAGUUUUGUUCCAAAUUCAGAAAGUUGGUAAAAUCAAUUGCUGAAAGCUUGUAAUUCUUAUACAGCGUCUUCAUGUUUCAAGAACAUGUUUUAGGAGACCACUUCACUCUUAGACCUGAAAGGUCCUACAGUGUUCUAUGGAGGAGUCCCACUGUGAAGGUCUUGGCUUUAUUCUUUAGAAAGAAACAUCAGAAAAGCAUUUCAUGCACCAGGUAGAUUGAGUUCAUUUGUCUCUUCUACUUGUGGCCCUGGGAAGAGAUUUUAUAUGGAAACCUACUUCUCACUGAGAAUCUGCUCUGGCUCCCAUGAACUCACCAUAGUUACUGUCAGGGAUUUCAGUGAAGCAGUGUCAGCUUUUUAUUCAAAAUGUUUCUCGGGCAACCUUAUUAGGCUGAUGCAUCAUAUCAGUAACUGUUUCACUGUGGGGAUGGUAUUUAUUUAUGAGAGUGACAAAGACUUGCAUCCCAAUCCUCUGCUGAAAGUUUAGGUGUCCCCUUUACCUGUGACCACAGAAGAGAUGUUAUGAAUUUCUUGACAAACACUGGUGACUUUGUUCACUCCUUGCUGAAAUGCCAUAGUUAGUAUUUUUCCCAAAUGAACAUUUAUACUUAAAUACUCUGCCCCAACAGAGGUAGCAUUUUCAGACCCAAGGCAAAGAGUGUCUUCUUAGUACUCCAGGCAUAUUUUCAAUAUAGGCCCAACAUACUUCCACAGCUACACAGCCAACAGCAAUGCAAUACUGUACUUUAUAGAACUCUUAAUGUAUUUCAGCAGGGCAGAUAGUUAUGCAGGAUAGUGCCUGAAUUAACAGUGCAGCAAAGGAACUUAAUCAAGACACAGGUGGUGCUAAAAAUGGUGGGGGUAGGUUUUAGGAGGAUCUUUAGUUUUCCCUCAUACACUUACAAGCUCUGACAUACACUUGUAGGCAGUACUAUAUUGGGGAAGGAAAUGAGAGGGAGAACAAGGGUCUUGGGGCAAGUUUUGAAGUGAGAGUGCUUUCCAUUUUGUAGUAAACUUUGGGAAAUCUAUUUUGAUACAGUUUGGAAAUAUUUUACUGUAUUAUUCAGAGGGCUAAUUAGGGAGUCCUGAGAAGGCAGAUAUUUUAAUUUACCAAGAAAUCUGUGUUUAUAGAUUUAUACUGUUGUUUGUACCUACACAGAUUAAGAGCCUUCAGUGAAGAGCCUGCUCAUAGACUUAAUGCAAAAAGAAUCACAGUAGAACCAGCUCUUUUUUUCAUUUUCAGGUCUCUCCUCACAGAUCCCGCAUGGGAAUGUUGUUACAUUAAGGCCUGAUCCGAGGUUAAUUGAAAUGAAUGCAAAAGACCACCACGGACCUCAGUGGAAGUAGGAUCAGGCACUUAAUGUACUGACACCACUAUUUUAGGGAUGUUACAAGACCCAGUGCUGCUUGGGAAGCAUGAGGCUCUGACGCUACAGGAAGAGGAGCCCAAUGCCCUGCCUGCAGUUGCGGUUUUGAAGGUGGGGGAGCACACUGGGGAGCUCCGCUGGUGGUGCAAGGACCAACUGUUACAUUGUUCCCUCCGGAAUUGUGUUAAAGGUGGGAAAACAGUGCUCACCCAGUCCCGUCUGAUUUGCCUCAUGUCUCUGUGGGAAACCAGCUGUUCACAAAAUAAAGGAAAAGUAUGGGGGGAUAAAAGAUACCUGCAUCAGUGGAGAAAAAGGAUUUGCACAUUUCUGGAGGGAAAAAUAAAGUUUAUAUUUUUGCACUUCCUUUUCUCAAGCUUGUCUUGAUGUUUCUGCUUUUCCAAGGAGAUGCAUUUUGUUCAAUGUGUCCUAAAUGCGCUCUGCACGUUGCAAGCUUGUUACACCCUGCACACACCCAACACACUCCCAGUUUUGUAAGGCUGUGAAGUAAUAGCUGUUGCCGUGCGUGACGGUCAUUUGGCCAAAUGACUUGGGAGUUGUGAAACCCAUAAAAAAUUAUGUGUCAUUUCUACAUUAAAUAAAACUCCAUUAGCACCAUAAUAGAUCUAGGAGGGUGGCCAUGCAAAAGCUGAUCAGUUAUGCAAUGCUGAGCGUGGCCCUCAAGAGCACCAUCGGCAGUGGUGGGCAGUGCAGCUGGGAGAUACAGGCUCCUCAUACGGUGCCCGUUCAAUUCAUGUCAUAAAUAAACCACCUCUACAUACGGUCAUAAUACCCAGUCAAUCAAUUGCUUCAUUUCUUCAGCCUUGUAAUAAACAAUUUUUACUGUGUCAGAUUGCAAAAUGUUGGUUGUUCUCUUAUUGAUGUGCUUACAAUGCACUCUUUAUUCAUGCUAACAAACAUGCACUAGAUGUAAUGAAAGGUUAAAAAUUAAGAAAUAUUAAAUUUCCAGCUGUCUAAUACAUGAGGGCAGUAGUAUUUGUUACAAACCUUGAGAGGAAAAAAAGCUUAUCAGGCAAUAGAUGUUUGUGCAUCGAUAAGUGAAAAAGUACUAUUCAGAGAAAAAAACGUUUGAUCAUUUUUCAGCUUUCUGAAAUGUAUUAGGAAAUGUUGUUGUUUAUAAAAGAAGUCAUAAGAAAAAUAAUACCAAAAUCUGUUGCAAGACAAUGUAAAAAUAAAAUAAAAAAUGGCUCCACUAAACUGUAUAAGAAUUUUUUUUUUCAUUUGUAGCAUUAUGUGGGAUAAGCUGUACAACCAAGUAGCUUUGCAACUGUGUAAUGCAGAGAGAUCAGUAAGAUUACUACGGUACUCACUGUAAUUUAUUCCCCAUACCAAGGUUGUACUGCACAGGACAGUAUCUGGGGUUUUUUUAGUUUGUUUUCAUUUAAGGCGGGAGAGUUAGAGCAACACAAAGCUGCAGUAAUUCACGGGUAAUUGAGACGUUACUCCAAUUUUGUCUUCGCUUGCAUGAGUACAUAUUCCAGUAGCACUCCGGUGACAAGAGGGGAGACUGCAAUGCUCAAAAGGCCCUCUUGCCAUUUCAUUCUUUGUUUCAUACAGGUGCUUACAGAUGUCUUGAUACCUUUCUAUAGGGUCUGAAAUUUUUCAUCAUUUUCAACUCAAAACUAAGAGUUACAGUUGGGUCUCUCUUCUUCACAUUUUAACGUGUUGCCAAAGACAUGUUGCAUGUUCUGAGAACUGUUUUCUGUGUUGAGAAACAGGAUGGAAGAAAACAUUUGCUCUUGGACAGCUCAGAACAGAGCUGCUUUGCUGUUAAGCGAAGCUAGUAGUGCAGAUUUCUACUUUAGUGAUGUUGACUACUUAAGUUUUAAUCCCCUUAACCUCCUUCUUGCUUAGAAUGAUCCCCCCCAUCAUAUUUAAAAGCAAUUUUCAUCGAUGUAACACUUUAAAAAGUGGUCAAGUCCUAUUUCUGAAAAGCCAGGGGGAUACAUUCCCAAAUCAAUAUGUGUAUAUCUUGAAAAUAUCUUUGCAUAUUUCUGGAAGAGAAUCUGAUUUGCUAAAAAUGACUGGAUAUGCCUUCAGAAGAAGCUUCUGUGAAGACUAUGCAUCUUUUUCCCACCACAUGUGUUACACUAACUAAAAAUUCCAUGGAUAAGUGCAAAAAAUAGUUAGGGGGGAAAAUAAUCACUUCUGAUAAGAGGCCCAUGAAACAUGUUUAUUUUGAUAGUGUUGCUUCCAUAUGUAAAUACAGCUGGGAUAAAAAUUGCUUCUUUUCUCUCCAAAGCAGAUAAAAUUUAUGACAGUUGAAGUAGAAAUAUUUUUAAAGACUAUGCACCAGUGGCAAUAUUUUUUUGUGUUUGAGAAAUGAAUGCAACUCAUUUAUUAGCAUUCAAACACAGGACUCCUAUGUCAUUUGUACGUUGUCUCUUCUUGCCUCAUUUAACAAUCAGCGUGCUCAAAAUUCAGACUGUCUACAGCUUCCCAAGCCCUUGAAUAAUACUCUGAAGAACCAAUCCAACAAGGCAUUAAACACACACUUAGCUUUUUGAACUAGGCAGUCCCUGGAUAAAGCAUAACACCAAGCAUACAUGUUUGUUAGAUUUUGGUGUAAAAAAUCUCAGUGUAGUCCUAGCUGAUGUAUUUUGGAAGACUGCUGAAUAUAUGGUUUCAUUCUUUUCUUUGGGCCAUGUCUAAUUUUGACCCAUGGUAAUACCCCGUUUCAACACCAUGUCUGACAUGUUUCUUCCAAAUGUCACAUUAGCUGGUGUUAAAAUAUCAUUAUUCUGGUUUCAGAGUUUAGAUCAAUCUUCCUUAGUGCAGGAUCUGUGGAUCCCUGGUGAUCCAUAAGAUUUAAAAGGUGACAUGGAAGUGAAUUCAGAUGACUAAAAAAACACAACUAGUCAAAACAGAAAAGCAUUUGCACAUAUUUCCAUGUACAGCAAAGGAAGCAAGUAAAAUCAGAAAACUCGUAAGUGAACAUUCAUAAUGUACUUUUUACCAGUUGAAAAUGAAAGCUGGUACACCAAUGCUGCAGGAAAAAAAAAAAGAAUAAUCAGGUGCUCUUUGAUUAAAAAAAGCUGAGAAACACAGCUCUAGAUGCUGUAAAACAAGUAUGAGGGAUGCUACAAAUACACAAGGCCCAGAACAGAUAUUACUGGGUAAUUUCAGAGGGUGGGGCAGGGAGGGAAUUCCAUCAAGUUGGUUUCAGUACUGAUGGAUGUAAAAGACUGUGCUGGUUUCAUUUAAAAUUGUUACUUGAUAUGUAAAUCCUUUUUUUUAAGAUGGAAUUCCUGGAUUACAUAGCAGCUAUGUUAUGGAUAUACUGUGUAUGUACAGAUACAA